AUGCUCAACUACAAGUCCGCUUCCACGCCGAUCGACACUCAUUCGAAGGUGUCCGCCCACGCCGGGGAGGCACUGUCCGCGGCAAACGCUAGCACCUACUGCAACAUUGUGGGUGCACUCCAAUAUCUGACCCUAACCAGGCCAGACAUUGCGUAUGCCGUGCAGCAGGUGUGCUUGCACAUGCACUCGCCACACGAUGUUCACUGGGUGCUCGUCAAACGGAUCCUUCGGUAUGUCCAUGGCACUCUGGCCAAGGGCUUGCAGCUUUGCCGAUCCAGCUCGCACGAGCUGGUGGCGUACUCGGAUGCUGACUGGGCCGGCUGCCCAGACACGCGCCGGUCCACCUCGGGGUUCUGCGUCUUCCUCGGCGCCUCACUCAUCUCCUAG